AUGGCAGGUUUAGGAUUUGGUGGUAUUUAUUUAUCAACAUUAGUAUGUGUUGGGCAACAUUUUGAAAAGAGAAGAUCAUUUGCUAUGGGUAUAUCUUUGAGUGGUUCGGGAGUAGGAACAUUUGUAUUCGCUCCAAUUGUGCGUAUUCUUAUUGAAGAGUAUGGCUGGCGAGGUACUCUUUUGAUAGAAGCAGGAUUUAUAUUGAACAUUAUUGUCUGUGGCGCUUUCUUUCGACCGAUGCUAAAGCAGAGUACGACCGAAAAAUCUGAAAUCAAAGGAGAAGCAAUUGAUUUAUUACGAUGUGACGAUAAGUUAAUAUACAUAAAAGAAAAUUUUACCCCAAGUGAUAAAAGUUGUACUAUUGAUGAAAAUACAAGCCAUGAAGAUGACGUACAUUUUGAUUUUGGGUUAUUAAGACAUCCAAUAUUUACCAUUUUUGUUGUAUCGAAUUGCUGCACAUGCCUUGGUUUUAAUGCACCAUAUGUGUAUUUGCCAGAUCGGGCUGAAGAAAAAGGUAUGAACAAGUUGGACAGUGCAUUUCUUCUUUCCGUUAUUGGUAUUUCCAAUACAUUUGGGCGUAUUUUAUUCGGAUGGAUUGCAGACAGGAAGGGUGUAAAUCGUCUUUUGCUUUACAGUACAUCACUGGUUAUUUGUGGCACCGCGAACGUUAUGAAUCCCUUUAAUGAUAGUAAAGUUUAUCUUAUGAGUUACGCAUCUGUUUACGGAAUGUUUAUAGGUGAGUAUGUAUUCUUCUUAUUCAAGAGUCGUUUUUUGCUUGGAACUACAAAGGCGUUUGAAUAA